CUGCUGUUGUUCUGAAGCUCGCAGCCAAGUGCGCGCGUAUUGGCUGGCUGUGAGGUGAAAGGUUGUUGCUGUCGUCAAAUCUGCUCUGAGGACUGGACUCUGGAGGCAGAGCAGGACAUAUUUGGAAAAGCAGACGACAGGCAUAAACAAUGGCGGGCCCAGAGCAGUCCAAGCAGCAGCAGGUAGAGGAGAAAGCUGAGCACAUAGACGACGCUGAGCUCGCUCUUCAAGGUAUCAACAUGCUUCUUAACAACGGAUUCAAGGAGAGCGACGAGCUUUUCAGAAAAUACAGGACUCACAGUCCACUGAUGAGCUUUGGGGCCAGUUUUGUCAGCUUCCUGAAUGCCAUGAUGACCUUUGAGGAGGAGAAGAUGCAGACGGCGUGUGACGACCUGAGGACCACGGAGAAGCUGUGUGAGAGUGACAACGUUGGCGUCAUAGAGACAAUCAGGAACAAGAUCAAGAAGAGUUUGGAGUCCCAGAGGUCAGGGGUCGUGGUUGUGGACCGCCUGCAGCGACAGAUCAUUGUGGCCGACUGCCAGGUCUACCUCGCUGUGCUCUCCUUCAUCAAGCAGGAGCUCUCAUCGUACAUCAAAGGAGGCUGGAUCCUCCGUAAGGCCUGGAAGAUGUACAAUAAGUGCCACAGUGACAUCAGUCAGCUGCAGGAGACCUGUGUGAGGCGCUGUUCCUCCCAUGAGGAGGAUCUAUCCUCAGACCAGGCCAACCACAACACCCCAGUGGAGGGUGCUGUGACUGCAGAGGCCCUGGACCGACUCAAGGGCUCCGUCAGCUUCGGAUACGGCCUCUUCCAUCUCUGCAUCUCCAUGGUACCACCACACCUGCUCAAGAUCAUCAACCUGCUGGGUUUCCCUGGCGAUCGUCUCCAGGGUCUGUCCUCCCUCAUGUAUGCCAGUGAGAGUAAGGACAUGAAGGCCCCGCUAGCUACAUUGGCCCUCCUGUGGUACCACACAGUAGUGCUGCCUUUCUUUGCUCUGGAUGGUUCUGACACUCAGGCAGGCCUGGAGGAGGCCAAGGCCAUUCUCCAGAGGAAGGCUGUGGUCUACCCCAAUUCCUCCCUCUUCAUGUUCUUUAAAGGACGGGUUCAGAGGUUAGAGUGCCAAAUUAACAGUGCUCUGGUGUCCUUCCAUGAUGCACUAGAGCUGGCAUCAGACCAAAGAGAGAUCCAGCACGUGUGUCUCUAUGAAAUCGGCUGGUGCAGUAUGAUCGAGAUGAACUUUGAGGAUGCGUUUAGGUCGUUUGAGAGGCUGAAGAAUGAGUCCCGAUGGUCACAGUGUUACUAUGCCUACCUGACUGGAGUAUGUCAGGGAGCUGCAGGGGACUUGGAUGGUGCCAAGUGUGUCUUCAAAGAUGUCCAGAAACUGUUCAAGAGGAAGAACAACCAGAUUGAGCAGUUUGCCCUCAAGCGGGCAGAGAGACUGAGGAAGAUGUCUCCCACCAGAGAGCUGUGCAUUCUGGGGGUCAUAGAGGUGCUGUACCUGUGGAAGGCUCUGCCCAACUGCUCCUCCUCCAAACUGCAGCUCAUGAAUCAGUUGUUACAGAGUGUGGAUGACGCAUCGUGCAAAGGUCUGAAAAACCUCCUUCUCGGUUCCAUCCACAAAUGUCAUGGAAAUAAUAAAGAUGCCAUCCAGUCGUUCCAGCUGGCUGCCAGAGAUGAGUUUGGUCGACAAACCAACUCUUAUGUGCAGCCAUACUCCUGCUAUGAGCUUGGAUGUGUCCUGCUUGCCCAGCCAGAGACGGUGGGAAAAGGGAGAGCAUUUCUGCUUCAGGCAAAGGAGGAUUAUGCAGGCUAUGACUUUGAGAACAGACUUCACGUGCGCAUCCACUCAGCCAUGGCCUCGCUGAAGGAAGUGGUACCCCAAUGACCCCGCCCACCACUGGAGGAAUAAUGAUGAGGCAACGACUCUGUCUCCAGCUGUGCACUUGAUGAUAUGGGAAGCAUGGCUUUUACUAUUCAAAACCACAGUAUGACACUCAUCAGACAAAAUUGUUCCCCCCCCCUUUUUCUGAUAGAUGUUUUACACAUCCAAAUACAAUAAACCAACAAUUUCAUAGUCAAUACCAUUUUCUUCUAGUGGAGGGUUUUAGCUCUGCAAACCUUCCUUCCAUUCUUUGGACCAUACAGAAUGGUACAUAGGAUACAAGUAACUUCUUGAAGAUGCACACCUUAUUCUCAUUGUCAGGUUUUCUUGACCACAGGUAGUAACAGUACAGUUAAACAGUAAGUAACAUUGUCUUUUGUGUUCUUGUCAUGUUCUUGGGAAGACAUGUACAAGAGAUGUUCGAUUACAACCCAUAAUCAAGUGGUCAAAUAGUUAUUUGCCAAUUGUUUGUCUUUGUGUUUGCCUCGUGUGAUAAGGCAAGACAAAGGUUCUUGAUUGUAUUAGUUGUCGCUGCUGUAGUACCCUCUUAUUGACCAAUAUCCAUACAAUUAUCGCCUCUGGUUUUUCAGAAAUGUGUCCUAGAUUAAAUGGCCCUACUUUGCUUGUCAUGAUGCCAACAAACAUAGAUCAUUUUUCUGCAAUGAGAAAGUAUUAGUGAAAUUUUAUGGUGACAACAACCCCCUAAAUGAUUGGACAAGAACUUAGUGGCCUGCUACAUUGUAGUAUUGUAUUACGCAGCGUGCCAUACAGAGUGUACUAUACCAUGCAGUGAAAACUUGUAAUAUUAGUGUCAGGUACCUUGAAUUCUGAAUAGUAUGAAAUUGCUUUUACAUUCUGACAUUCACAUAUUGGCUUACAAAUAACAUGCACUUCUAAAAUGUUUUGUGACAUUUUUGCACAAUGCAAUAUCCAAACAAUGUUCUAGAUUAUUUAUUUUAGUUUACAAGCAGUGGGCAUUGAUCUGCACACUAUGCAUGCAAUGGCAGGGGUAUUAUUAGUGACCCAAGGACCUGAAAGAUCCUUUUCUACAGCUGUGUACUAUGAAUCGGAACGUUUUUUUCCUGAGAUACUUUGGAUGACAACAGAACACAUUUAUAUUAAUAUUUACUCUGGUUUUUAACAAAAUCCAACAAGGUCCUUAUUAACUACAGGCAUUGUAAUAAUAAUGGUAGGUUUUAGGUUACUGUACAAACUGGACAUUAAAGCUUGAUAUUCUGUCGUUUUAGUUUGAUCAGGCUUUUCUAUCAGGCCACACUGAUGAUGAGUGAAACAUUCAAGACAGUCACAAACUAAAUUGAAAGUGCAGGGUAUUAUAUCACUGUUUUUAUAAUCAUUCUGAGGUAUGGUCUCCAAGCAAUAAAAAGCAAGCAAGAAGAGUGCUCAUUUUACACUGGAAGUUUGAUUAGCUGUCACAAACUUUGUUUACAUUUUUUUUGUCCCACUUCAAAUGAAUAACAACUGCUUAACUACUUGUACAAGCACUACAUAGCACAAAUCUUUCAUUAGCAAAUUCAUACUACAUGAAGGGUGAUAUAAACGGUCUUUAAUUCAUACUACAUGAAGUAUGAUUUAAACGGUAUCGAAUUCAUACUACAUAAAGGGUGAUAUAAACGGUCUUUAAUUCAUACUACAUGAAGUAUGAUUUAAACGGUAUCGAAUUCAUACUACAUGAAGGGUGAUAUAAACGGUCUUUAAUUCAUACUACAUGAAGGGUGAUAUAAAUGGUCUUUAAUUCAUACUACAUGAAGGGUGAUAUAAAUUGUCUUUAAUUCAUACUAGAUUCAUUUUUAAAAUGUUUAUAUGUACCUUUAUUUAACUAGGCAAGUAAGUUAAGAACAAAUUCAUAUUUACAAUGACGGCCAAUACCGGACGACGCUGGGCCAAUUGUGUGCCGCCCAAUGGGAUUCCCCAAUCAUGUGAAGGGUGAUAUAAACAGUCUUUACAUCUUGUGCGUGCUAAAUUAAGAAUAACUAUUUUCCACCCUUCAUAUAAAAUGGCAUAUUCUUAUGAAUGAUUUCUGAAGAAUCUAUAUAGAUAGGCCUUAGUGUAAACGGCUUGUGAAAGCUUCAAUAUGAUGUGUUUCAUUUAAAGUGGGACUCUUUUUUUCAUGUUCAAGGAUGGGUAUGAACACUUUUUUUUUUAAAUCUACACAAGUCAGUCAGUGACCUCCUAUCUUCUCCUGUGAUUGUGUAAAGGGAUGUAAGAUUUGGUGUGAUGUAAAAGUGUUGACUACUGAGUGUGAUCAUAAAGUGCUGGUAUAAAGUAAGUCCACAGCUGUAAGAGCAAAGUAUCUUAUAAUGACAUCAAGUAUGAGUUAAACGUCAUUAUAUGUAUACCAACAAAAAAAAAAGGGGACAUUUCUGUCUUAGAAAUGUGCUCUAUCCACUUUGUUGUGAGGUUGUAGAAGAUGAUGUGGAGAUUGUUCAAUUGUAACAGGGUGGUCCUGUGUGGUGUCUAAAGAGAUCUACAAACUGUUCAAUAAAGGAUUGUCAAUUAAUCCAG